AUGAAGAGUGUACUCAUUACGGGAACUAAUCGUGGCAUUGGUUUUGGGCUUGUGAAACGCUUGGCACUGAAUACCGAGCCGAAAUUGGAAAUUAUUUUUGCUACCUAUCGUGAUCAACAAAAUUCUCAAGAAUUAUUAGACUUAGGAAAGAAGCAUAAGAAUGUUGUACCGAUUAAAUUAGAUACCCUUGAUGAUGAAAGUAUAAAAGCGGCUUAUCAUACAGUUGAACAAAAGCUAAAUGGACAAGGUUUGAAUAUGUUGAUCAAUAACGCUGGGGUGGAAAAAUAUUUACAACUGGACAAUAUUCUUGAAAAAGAAAUGCUUGAUACCAAUAACAGUAAUGUUAUCGGACCAUGGAAAGUGACAAAGGUAGGCUGGUUUGGUUGUGGCGAUCAUUUAAUUAAUUUAUGCGUUCAAGAUGUAUUAAAAUUAUGUGAAGUAUCGAAAGCAUUAACAAGUAUUCGAAAAGUGGUAUCACACGUGGAAAAUAGCCAUUUGGUCAGAGAACAUUUUCAUCAACAACAAUUCCACCUUAAUUUAAGUGAACGACAACUGGUAUCGGAUGUUGUAACAAGAUGGAACAGCACCUACUGCAUGGUGGAGCGUGCUAUAGAUGAAAGAAUCAAUUACAUUAUGUUCAGAAAAGAAAAGUUUUCAAAAACAUUUAAAUUGAGUACAGGAAUUUUAUGA